AUGAAGCUGCUGCUGAUUUUAUCUCUCUGUCUCCCUCUGGCGGCUGAGGCGCAGACAUUCGGGCAGCUCUGCAGAGGAAACCCGUCCAACGCGAGACGUACCUCAGACUCAUGGGGUCAGGGGCACUACGGCGCCUCCAGGGGGGGUCGUCUGCACCAAGGUCUGGAUAUCUCUUGUUCUGACGGUGAUGAGGUCCUGGCUCCGUUUGAUUUGGAUCUGACCGGAUCUCUGACCGUCUACACCGACCCCAAGAAGAGCGCCAUCAACGCCGGCAUCAACCUCCGUGGAGCAGGUCUGUGUGUGAAGCUGUUCUACGUGCAGCCGGACAAGGUCAGAGGUCGUGUGCAGAAAGGUCAGAAGAUUGGGGUCAUGCUCCCGAUGCAGUCGGUGUAUCCUGGCAUCACAUCACACGUCCACGUGCAGCUGUGCGACAAGAGCGACCCCACUGGCUACUUCUAG